AUGGAAGAAAUAUCUUAAUUGUAGUAAUAAUAUUACUACUACAAGGUUCCAACAAAAUAAAGUCUUAGAGAAAAACAUGUUUUCUUAAUUUGCGAAGAUGAUUUAGGUUGCUACUAUCAAGCGCAAAGGAAUAUCUAACUCUAUCUUUAAAAAAAUAAGCUUAAUUGGCCUAUCUCAACAUAUAAUUUUUAGGCGCAUUUAACCAACAAUGAAUUUAUCGCUUUGGAUGAAGUUUGUCUAGAUUAAGAGCUUAGAUGUACUUAAAAGACAUAUGAAGAAUAUGUAAAGAAUUAUGUUCCAGUUUUUAAGUAAAAAUUCGGAACUCAUAUCAAACUUGAUUUCUAAAAUGGAAAGAUGAAAUAAAGCUGGUCUUCUUUUGUAAGAAUGACUAUACUUGAGCAAAUAUUAAAAAAUAUAGUUCUAUAAUCCAGAAAUAAAGAUAUUUUUAUCAUUUUAUUUAUGAGAGCAUAAGAAAUAGCAACUUUUACUGAAUUGAAGAAUGAAUUUGAUAGAGUUAAUUCUAGAUGCAACUUAUUCUUUGUUAAUACAGGAAAUUAUGAUUUAAAAAAGCAUUUAUAUUUUGCAUCUGCUCUUUAAAAAAACUAUUCAACAGAAUAGCUUUGUCAUAAAGUUUGUUACGCAUAUGAAUAGUAUUUUGGUGGAAAGGAUUUAGAGUACUACAAUUAAAACUAGUAUUAAUUCAUUAACUAAGUUAUAGAAGAUAUCAUACCAGAUUUAUAAUUUUAAGAAUGUGUAGACAUAUCAGUUGAUAUUUAAUAAUAUCCUUGGUCAAAGCCUUCAAAAUAGGUUAUUCGUGGUACUUAUGUCAUUUCGAAAGAAAAUUAUGGAGAUGAAAUCUAAUUCAAGAACAAUCCAAAUGAAUGCCUAGUUAAAGAAAGAAAUUUGGAUGUGGAUGAAAUGAUUAAUAUUUUUUCUUCUUGGGUAAAUGACCUACUUGUCAAAUAUGGCUAAGAAGAAAUUGAUAAAAAUGAAAUAUAAUAGGCUAUAGAUUUUCUAGUUAAAUAUAUGGAUGAGAUUGUAACAUCAAUCAAUAUAACAAAUAUACCCACCAAUAAACCCAUUUAGAACAUGACAGUAAGAUAACGUCUUAUAGCACAAUAAUCUAAUCGUGUUCGUUAUAAUAUGGUAAUUCUUAUCAAAUCUCUUUCGGAUUUAUUAACUAAAAGCACACUAAAUGAUUUAGACAAUGAAGUAGAAUCAGAAAGAAUUAAAAUUGGAACUGAAGUCGGUAAAUUUCAUUAAAGAGCUCUUGCUAUGAGAGGAAUAGAUGUUGAAACUUUUGUUAAGAUGAAAAAAUUUUUUAUUGAUGAGUUAUUAAAAGUGAAGUCAUCUAUUAGCUAGGAAAGUGACUAAGAAAAAUCAAUAUUUUCCCUUGAAAAUAUGAAAGAUGUAUUUCUUUAAGAAGAUAUUGUAGAUGGCCUUAAUGAUGUUAAAAGUUAAUACCAUUUAAUAUCAGCCUUUCCAUUAAUUGGUUUAGGAGUUAAAAUUUAUAGAUCUGAUGGAUCCAUGAUUAAUCCAUAUCUUGUUUAAAUUAUUGAUAUCGCUAGAAUCAAUGCUAAUGUAGAUACUAUUUCUAUUUAAAAUACACCUGACAAAGAAUUAAAUCUAAAUGCAGGCUUUUACAUAGGAGCUGAAUAUGGUACUAGAAGUUAUUUUGAGGAAAAUCACGGCUACAAGCCUCUAAAAUGGACAGAAUAUCAACCUAAAAAAGACGUCAUUAAAGAUUUAACUGAGACAUAGCUUUUUUACUACAAGUCUGAGUAGCUAAAAGAAAAAAUAGAUGCAGUUAUUCCUCUAUUUGGCUAAAAAGAUUAUGAUCUAAAACCUUUAUUAACAACUUAGUUUUUCCAUAUUCUAAUGAAUUUUAAUGUUAUGCAUAAUGUGGAUACUUGCUUUUCUGAAUGCUACUUAGCUCUGUUAGCCAAUCUUUUAAUUUUCUUGCUUAAUUAAGAAUAAUCUACUUAUAUAGCAGAACUAAUGGAUAAAAUCUAUCAUUCAAUAAAUAUUGUUUAUGGAGAUAGACCCUUUUUCAAAGCUUACUGCUAAAUGCUAAUUAAUUAGCCAAGGUAGGCUAUGAUAACUUUUCAUGAAGGACAUCCUACUUAAUGUUAAGACCCUUCUAAAGCACUUGUUAUUUUAUUCUUUCUUUAUAAGAAGGGUGAAUUGAAAGAUAAAUUAAAAAUAAAAGAAAUUUUGGAAGCAAUUUUAUAAGAAAUAGUUUGCAGGGGAACUAAAAGCUUAGAAAAGCUUCACACAUACUUUGGUAUAGUUGGUUAUGAUAACUCUGAAUUCAAAAAAAUAGAGCAAGACAUUAUUGAUAAUGUUGUAGGAGAUGUUAAAUAAUAUCCUACAGUUCGAGAAAUGAUGAAAAUUGUUGAAAAAGCCCUAAAGGAAAAGAACUAUUUUGAAUUUACUAAGAAAUCUAAAAUCUAUAUGUAGAAAGAUAGGUUUGAUUUUAUGAAUUAUGGAAAAUUGAAUUUCUUCACAAGUAUGAAAGCAAUAUGCUAGUAUUUCCUUCCUUCAGAAAAGUUUGACGGUAGCUUAUUAUGGAUAUGGCUACUUCAUGCUUAAAAAUAUUCAAAUAAUUAUGUUAGAAAUACUUCUGAAAUCGAAUAUGAUAUUAAACAAGUAUAUAGAAAUAUAAAAAAAUAAAAACUUGUACACUUUAUCAAAUCUGAGUCAGAAAACAUAAUGAAAAGCUGUUAUAAGAUACUCAAGCAAAAAUUUUAGGAAGAAAUGUUUGCUUUACAUUUAGAAUAAACCCCUUUUACAUAAGAAACUAUAAACAAUUAGUUAAGUGAAGACAAAAGAUUUAGGGUGUGCUUCAACAAUGUUUCAAAUCUUGCAAGAAAUAGUUGUUUUUCAACCAAAUGCCCCUUUUACAUGAAAAGAAUGCCAAAUCUAGCAGAACAUAUUAAUGACAUAGAUUUUGUUAUUCCUGCAUUUGCAAAAACAGUAAAAAUAAUGAAAGGUAAAAAUUCAGAGUCAAUCUAUAAUGCAAUAUGUCAAGGCUCACAUCUUGACACUAUAAAUGAAGAAACUUUUAUUAAGUAAACACAAAGACUCCAAAGUCAUAGAGUUUAACAUGAACUAUUGUAUAAGUUAAAGGAUCACUAUUUAAGUGAAAUAGAUACUCUUAAAGAAAAAUAUAAAAAUCUUAAUUAAAAUAAACUUUGA